GUAGUGAGCAAGAGAAAAUUAGUAGGAGGGGGCAGGAAGCAUUGAAAGAGUUUGCGAUGGUGAUGUCAGCUAAGUUCAGAAAGUAAACAGAGUUCCAGACUGCAGCAUGCUGUCUGCGGAACAUGGACUACAGCUGGGGCAGACCGAUGGGGGCUCCCACGCAAUUCCCGGGACCAGCACAAUUAUCAGCGGGAGGGCAGGCUGGUUCCCUCUUAUUUUCCUCCUCAUCUUUAUCUUCGUACCUCAGGGGAGCUGCUGGCCCAACAAUUACAGGUAUUUGUACAACCAUUGCCCAGGCCCGGAGUGGAACGUCAUGUGCCGGGGAUGUUGCGAGUAUGAUGUGAUCCGCUGCAAAUGCCCCCUGCAGGGGACAUCGGUGGGCUACGCUGUACCAUGCUGCCGCAAUGCGAUCAAUGAGUGUGACCCCUGCAUCAUCCAUCCAGGUUGCAGUCUUUUUGAGAACUGUAAACGGUGCAACAACGGGACAUGGGGUCCCAAAGAUGACUUUUUCAUCCGUGGCCAAUAUUGUGCCGAGUGUCGACCUGGAUGGUCUGGUGGAGAUUGCAUGAAGUGUGGUGGGGUGAUCCGCAAACGCCAGGGUCACAUAGUUCUGGAGAGCUACCCCAACAACGCUCGCUGCGAGUGGACAAUACAGGUGGACCAACCUUUCACAAUCGAACUCAGGUUUAUGAUGCUGAGUUUGGAGGUACAUCAUUCUUGUCGCUAUGACUUCGUGGAGGUCAGAGAUGGUGACAGCAUCAACUCUCGUGUUAUAGGUCGGUUCUGUGGAAACAACAGACCCGCUCCCAUUCGGAGCUCUGGCAACAGUCUCCACAUUCAUUUUGAGUCUGAUGGUUACAAGAAUUAUGAUGGCUUCUUUGCAACAUUCCAGGAGAGUUCAGCCUGCAGCUCCUCUCCUUGCCUACACGACGGGACUUGUAUCCUCGACAGCUCUUACACAUAUCACUGUGCCUGUCUGGCUGGCUAUACAGGCAAGAGGUGUGAAAAUGUGGUGGGAUGCCGUAGGCCGCCAGUGCCCACCCAUGGAUCCACACAGGGAGCGUUUCAUCACGCAGGGGCACGGAUCACUUUCCAAUGUGAUGCAGGGUUUGAGUUGCAGGGAUUAGGGGCUGCCAUCUGCCUGAGUGAUGGCACCUGGAGUGCACCUGCCCCACAGUGUGUUCCAAUCGAAAGAUUGUGUGCGCUACCACCAAAGCCAAUACACGGGGACCACUUCUUGGUUUACGGUCCCAAUGAUGUUUUAAUUGCUCUCCAGUACCUUUGCCAUCAGCCCUUUGAACUCAGUGGGGUCUCCCAAAGGACCUGCCUUCCGAACAACACCUGGAGCGGAACUCAACCUGUUUGUACGCAAGUGAAUAACACACUCACUGAAGCAGAAAAGGACAAGGAAACUGCAAAAGAGACUGCAAAAGGUACAGAUACAACCAAAGAAGACACAGACCGUGAGAAAGAGGACAGCAAAGCUAAAGAAAAGAACCAGGAGAACACAGGUGUCAAAAAAGAAAGUGAUCGUUGGAGUACAACAGCAGACAACACAACCACUGGUACUAUUCCAGGGAAAACUCUGGCUGAGGACAGGAAUGAAGAGGAAAAAAACCAUGGCCGGGAGAAAACCACCAGCGGCGGUGGAGAUAAAGUGGGUAAUGUCGGUCCAGACAAUGGGUUGGACACAGCCGAGAAUAAAGAAGCUGACAUAGUAAAACCUGGGAAGAAAGACGACCGCCAGUCCUCAAAGUCGGAGACGGCUACCACUGAUGUAGUGGUGAUAAAAGACAAAGGACAAGGCGAGAAGGAAAGAAAAGAGGAGCAAGUGAAUGGAAAAAAAGACUCUGGCAAAGUUGGACCCAACGACACUAAACUGAGGACGGUCGUCUCGGAGGAUAUAAACGCAGUAGAGAUCUCUGAACAGGAAAUGGCAAAGAACAACACAGUCACGGAUGAUCUGAAUGACUUAAGUAAAAACAACACAACAGCUUUACCAGAAAGGAAAAUCAUUCCCUCGAGAGUCAAUAUUACGCUGUAUAGGGCAGGAGGUGAGGAAGGUGGGAUGCCAAAGGAAAGUCCAACGAUUAAAGAGGACAAAGCGGAGACAAGUCCUACCCAGAAACCAAAGGAACCUGAUACGGAUCGAAAGGCGAAGGAAAAAGAGAAGGACGUAAACCAGAGCUUUGUUGAGAGGAGCUGCCCACCUCCCCCUCGCCUCUACCAUGGUUAUCACGUGAUGAUGCCAGGGGCCAAGCCUGAAACUGUGGAGUUCUCCUGUAAUCAUUCCUACGCUCUGAGUGGAGAUCCCCUGCGAAGCUGCCAACCAGAUGGUACCUGGAGUGGCAAACAGCCCCAGUGUGUUCGAGCAUGUCGGGAGCCCAAAGUUUCAGAAUUGGUCAGACAGAGAAUCCUGCCCCCUCAAGCACCAUUCAGAAAGACACCAGUGCACAAGCUGUACUCGACCGCAGUGGGCCGACAGAUCCAGUCUGACGCCCCCACCAAAGGGCCACCAGUGCCUUCACAGUUGGCUGCGGGUUUCCACCACCUUUACACACACAUUGAAUAUGACUGUGUGUCUCCGUUCUACCACCAUCACGGCAGCCCUCGUCGUACUUGCCUCAAGACAGGCAAAUGGAGUGGGCGCCAUGUAUCUUGUUCACCAGUGUGUGGGAAGCAUCCAACCUUUGACCCUGAGAGGCCAGGAGAGGCUCACUGGCCUUGGCUAGUGGCCAUCUACCGUCGCUCGAACAACGGUGCAGAGACCAAGCUGACCAAGGCAGAUAGCCACACUGGGUCUGUGAAGAAGGAUGGCAGUGCAAGAGCUAGCAAUCAUAUCCGGGCUUCUGUCUGGCAGUUGGUGUGCAGUGGGGCUCUUGUGAACCAAAGGAGUGUUGUGGUUGCAGCCCACUGUGUGACACAGCUGGGGAAGUUUUAUCCUCUGGAUGCAGCUAAAAUCAAGGUGGUGGUAGGGAAACACUAUCGUGAUGAUCACAGGGAAAAUAAAGGUCUCCAACACUUGAGGGUGGCCACCAUCGUUAUUCACCCAAAUUACGACCCUCAUAUCCUUGACUCGGACAUAGCUGUCAUCAAGUUACUGGACAAAGCAAAGAUCGGAGAGAAAGUGCAACCCCUCUGCCUGUCAGACAUUUCGGGCGAGGGUGAGAUGUCUGGACAAGGGCUUGUGACUGGCUGGUCUCCACUUCCUGACUCAGGUUUGGGUGCAGAAGAAAAAGCAAGAGUUGGGCUUGUUCACCUGGCUGACAUCGUCCCAUGCGAGGAGCAAUACGCCCGUAACGGGGUGCCGGUCAGUGUUACUGACAACAUGCUGUGUGCAAGCCAGAAGCCGAACUAUGGACCCUCUACCAUAUGUCCAUCUGACACUGGGGGAAUCCUUAUUCUUCCUGCGCUCGCUGACAACAAGGAGAAUCCUUCUGUCGGCUUUACUCCAAAAGGAAAUAAGAAGAGACUUUGGAGACUUCUGGGACUAGUAAGCUUUGGCUAUGACCAAGGGGAGUGUGAUCCUGAACUCUAUACAGUCUACACUCAUGUAGCAAACUUCAAAAUCUGGAUUGAGAGUAGUAUGAAAUAGAAACGUUACUACUGUAUGACUCAAUAAUUAUAUACCGCUUAUCUUUCGGUUCUGCUACUUUGAUUUGACUGUACAUUCUAGUCACCUUCUCGUCUCAUUUUUUUGUAGAGUCUUGCACAAGGGCAACACUGGACAACACAGUGCUCCAAGUGAAGGGAUACUCACACAUUAAAUGUGUUUGAUCAGCGGACGUCUAGUUCGUCAGUCUGAGGUUAUUGACUUGAAAAUGACUCAAAGUGCAUCCUUAAAAAAAGAGGAUGUACCGGUAAUGUUUUAUAUGUACUGUACAUACAGCAUAUUGUGAGGUAAUUUUUUUUCCUAUUCACUAAUGUGAUGGAAAGUGAUGUACAUAUUUUUUUGAGAGACAGAAAAAACAGGAUGUUUUUUCAUUAAAGAAAGGAGGG